CAGGGCGGCGGCGGGGACUGCGGAGGUGCGGCGGGAGCCCCGGCGCGCGGCGGAACCGGAGGCGGAGGGGGCGGAGCCGCGCUCGCAGCUGCCACCCGGCCUCCGGGCCCAGGCAGAGGACACCCGCCCGCGGCCGGGCACGCACCGCGCGCACUCACUCUCCAAACAAUGCUCCGAGGCGCCCGCGGGGCGGCUGGCGGCUGGGCGACAGGCGGCGAGGCCGGGGGAGCGCGGCCCCGAGACUCCAGCUGGUAAUGCAGCUGUCCUCGGGCUGGGCAGCCCUCUGAUCAGCCCAGUGUUCUGCUACUGUUCCAGGAGGCCACCCUACGACCCACCUCUGUCCCCCAGAAGCCCACGCCGGAGAGCCAAGCGCAAGAUGAACCAGCGCGCCCCGGGCUCAAGAUGCACCAGACCGUCCGCCUGAGCGCCGAGAGCCCGAAGAUGUCUGCGUGCAGUGACUUUGUGGAGCACAUCUGGAAGCCCGGGUCCUGCAAGAACUGCUUCUGCCUGAGGAGUGACCACCAGCUGGCGCCCGGCCAGCCCCAGCCCAGAGCCGGCCACCUGCCCCCUCCGCCUCGCCUGCCCCCCAGGCCUGACACCUGCCGCCUGGAAGAUGAAGCCGUGAACGGCUCGCCCUACUCCAAGCCCACCAUCGCCGUGAAGCCCACCAUGAUGAGCGCCGACGCCUCCGAUGUGUGGACAGAGGCAAACCUGAGCGCCGACGUCUCGCAGGUCAUCUGGAGACGAGCCCCCGGCAAGCUCCCCCUCCCGCAGCAGGACGACGUGCCGAUAGUUUACCUGGGCAGCUUCCGAGGCGUCCAGAAGGCCGCUGGGCCCUCUGCCUCCACAGAUGGGCACACUCGCUGCCCCCCCGCCUAUGCCAUGGUGGGGCUGCACAGUCUAGAGGCCCGGGGGGAGCGGCCCACCGCCUUCCACCCCGUGAGUUUCUCCCCUGAGAAGGCGGGGCGAGAAGAGAAGCCCAUGUUUCCCUACCAAGAGCUGACCUCCGCUCAGGAGAGCUUCCGCCAGAAGGUGGCUGCCUUUGCUGGGAUGACGUCUGGCUGUCACAAGGGCCCUGGGCCCUGCCCCUCCCCGCAGCCCCUGCGAGAGUCCCUGCCCUUGGAGGGUGACAGCGAUCAGAGGUGCUCACCUUCGGGGGACAGCGAAGGGGGCGAGUAUUGCUCCAUUCUGGACUGUUGCCCCGGGAGCCCCAUUGCCACGGACACGUCACAGGCCGAGAGUUCUCGGUGUAGACCCAGCAGAGGGGACCGCUCCCCGCCGUGCUGGGUGCAGGGAGUGUGUGCGGGGCCCCCCGAGGAGGAGAAGCGGGCUCUGGGCUUCCGGAGGGAGGGUUCCGCAGAGAACCCGCCCCGCCUGGCCCCCAAGAAGCUGUCCCUGACCUCCGAGGCUGCCAGCUCUUCUGACGGCCUCUCCUGUGGGAGCGCCAGCAGCGGGGCCAGCAGCCCCUUCGCACCUCAUCUGGACAGUGACUACUGCUCCCUCACGAAGGAGCCUGUGCCAGGGAAGCCGCAGGACUCAGGCUGCCACUUGGCAACCUCUAACAGAGGCCUUGGACUAACGGGGGAACCCCAGCCUCCAGCCCACCCCCGAGAGGCGGUACAGCCUGAACCCAUCUAUGCCGAGAGCACCAAGAGGAAGAAGGUGGUUCCGGCACCUUCCAAGCCACAGGCUGCAGUGGAACAGGCAGCAGCUGCUCGGGGCCAGGGCCAGGGCCAAGACCAGGGCCAGGUACGGACAGCUAACGCCUGGGCUCAGAAAUCAGCAUCUGGCUGGGGCCGGGACCGGGAAGGCCCAGACAGGGCUCCCCCGGUGGCAGCCACCAUCACAGUCAUGGCAGCCCACCCAGAAGAGGACCACCGGACAAUCUACCUGAGCAGCCCUGACUCUGCCGUGGGGGUACAGUGGCCACGCGGGCCCAUGAGCCAGGACUCUGAGGCAGGGGAAGAGGAGGCUUCAGCUGGACAGGGGACAAGCUCCAGGGAAGGCGCCCGUCCCGAUGCCAGUGAGAACACACCCAAGGGGAAGCCUGCCAUACCCCCCAAGCUGUCCAAGAGUAGCCCUGGAGGGUCCCCCGUGUCGCCUUCUACCUCCCCAUUCUCGGACCUCAGCGAGGGGAGCUCCACAGGUGGUCCCGGGCCCCAGGCUUCCUCCAGGGCCCCCACAGACUCUGCUGCUUCCUGCCGGGCCAACAGCAUCGCCGCCACCGGUGACUCUGCCCGGUGCCCCCCGCCUGCUGCCGCCGCCUCGACCUUGGACCAGAGGAGGCCCCGGUACCAGACGGGAGCCUGGAGCCGCCAGUGCCGGAUAGAGGAAGAGGAGGAAGUAGAGCACGAGCUGUUGAGUAAAAGCUGGGGCAGAGAGAUGGAAAAUGGCACCGCGGAGCCCUCGAGCUCCUCCACCUGGCACCGUCUCCGCCCCACGGACAGCUCCUCUGCGCAGAGCAGCAAAGUUGGGACUGGGAUGAGUAAGUCGGCCUCUUUUGCCUUCGAGUUCCCCAAGGACAGAAGUGGGAUUGAGGUAUUCUCACCUCCGCCACCGCCUCCAAAGUCGAGGCACCUUUUAAAAAUGAACAAGAGCAGCUCUGAUUUGGAAAAAGUAAGCCGGGGCUCUGCAGAGAGCCUCAGUCCUCCCUGCAGGGGCGUCCACGUCAGCUUCAACACGGGCUCCACGGACAGCCUGGCCUCAGACUCCAGGACCUGCAGUGAUGGAGGCCCUUCGUCUGAGCCGGCGCACUCACCCACCAGCAGUGGGAAGAAGCUCUUUGCUCCUGUUUCCUUCCCUUCAGGCUCCACUGAGGAUGUGUCCCCCAGUGGCCCCCUCCAGCCCCCGCCUCUCCCCCAGAAGAAGUUAGUGAGCCGGGCCGCCUCUUCCCCUGAUGGCUUCUUCUGGACCCAAGGGUCCCCCAAGCCAAGAACGGCAAGUCCCAAGCUGAACCUCAGCCACUCAGAAACCAAUGUCUGUGCCCACGAAGAUCCCCACUUCAGCUACUCCUCAAGCCCUGGGAGCCGCCAUCAUCCAAUCUUCUCCUCUUCUGAGCCCCUGGAGAAAACAUUCAGAAGCAACGGCCACUGGGUGCCAGCGCCAGGGCUGGCGGGGAGCAAGAGCAGCUGCGGGAGCCCCAGCCUCCGGUGCAGAGGGGUCCCCUCGGCCACCUCCUCCCAGCUGAGCGUGUCCAGCCAGGCGUCUGCCAGCAGCACCCAGCUCCACUUCCACAGCCUGCUGAGCAGCAUCAGCAGCAAGGAGGGCACCUAUGCCAAGCUCGGGGGGCUCUAUGCCCAGUCCCUGGUCCGCCUUGCGGCCAAGUGCGAGGACCUCUUCAUGGGCGGCCAGAAAAAGGAGCUGCACUUCAACGAGAAUAACUGGUCACUCUUCAAACUGACCUGUAACAAGCCCUGUUGUGACUCGGGGGAUGCCAUCUACUACUGUGCCACCUGCUCUGAGGACCCCGGCAGCACCUAUGCUGUGAAAAUCUGCAAAACCCCUGAGCCCAAGACAGCCUCCUACUGCAGCCCUUCUGUGCCCGUGCAUUUCAACAUCCAGCAGGACUGUGGCCACUUUGUCGCCUCCGUGCCCUCCAGCAUGCUCACCAGUCCGGACGCACUCAAGGACCCUCUGCCUGCACCGCCCUCACACCCCCCUGCCCAGGAGCAGGACUGCGUGGUGGUCAUCACCCCAGAGGUGCCCCACCAGACCGCCUCUGACUUUGUGCGGAACUCGGCCACCAGCCAUCAGUCGGAACCCGAGGCUUACGAGAGGCGCGUGUGCUUCCUGCUUCUGCAGCUCUGCAACGGGCUGGAGCAUCUGAAGGAGCACGGCAUCAUCCACAGGGACCUGUGCCUGGAGAACCUGCUGCUGGUGCAUUGCUCCCCGCAGGCCUCCCCCGGCCCCGCCUCGGCCACCCCCACGCCCCCUGUCUCCGCAGCCACCUCCAGUGCCCCCGCCCCCGCCGCAACCCCUUCCCCUGCUGCCGCUCCCUCCCCUUGCCCGGCUGCCGCUCCCCCCAUCAGUGGCACUCCCAGCCUCUCGGUGGCCCCCACCUGCCAGGAUGGGCCCCGUGAGAAGUGCUUGCCCCGGCUCAUCAUCAGCAACUUCCUGAAGGCCAAGCAGAAGCCAGGUGGCAGCGCCAACCUGCAGCAGAAAAAGAGCCAGGCCCGGCUGGCGCCCGAGAUCGUGUCUGCCUCCCAGUACCGCAAGUUCGAUGAGUUCCAGACCGGCAUCCUCAUUUACGAGCUGCUGCACCAGCCCAACCCCUUCGAGGUGCGCGCGCAGCUGCGGGAGCAGGACUACCGGCAGGAAGACCUGCCCCCGCUGCCCGCCCUGUCCCUCUACUCGCCAGGCCUGCAGCAGCUCGCGCACCUGCUGCUGGAGGCCGACCCCAUCAAGCGCAUCCGCAUCGGCGAGGCCAAGCGGGUGCUGCAGUGCCUGCUGUGGGGGCCGCGGCGGGAGCUGGUGGAGCCGCCGGGCGCGUCGGAGGAGCUGCUGUGCGCCACGCUGCACAACUGGAUCGACAUGAAGCGCGCGCUGAUGAUGAUGAAGUUUGCCGAGAGGGCGGUGGACCGCAGGCGCGGCGUGGAGCUGGAGGACUGGCUGUGCUGCCAGUAUCUGGCGUCCGCUGAGCCGGGGGCCCUCCUACAGUCGCUGAAGCUCCUGCAGCUUCUGUGAGCGCAGCCCCCGGCCCCGCCCUUGGGCUGCCCACUUACCUGACCCCAGACCACCCUCCCCCAACGCCCCACCUUGCCUUGGACACACCUGCCUGCCCCCCAGGAAAUGGUACCGACGACUGUCAGACUUGGAUGUAAUAUAUAUAUAAAAUACCUAAAU